AUGUUCAGACAUUGCGCCGUCUGCCCAGCCGCCACCCUCGGGAGUUUCGCGGAAAACAUCAAAGAAUCGGAUUCGUUUAGGGGUGGCACGUGGUGUAACUAUAAAGAUGCUCGUAAGUCAGACACGCAGACGUUAGCUUCGAGCUCGCAGCGUGCUAGCAGCCGGCUAGACAAGCACAGAGACGGACUAGUGGAAAGGCCCACCGUUACACAACGUGACCCCCGGCAUUUGGGUGCAGUGUCGGGUCGCUUUCUUUUCGCGAGAGCACCGCGCCGCGGAAGGCGGGCGAGAGCAGCUCGCGGCACCUACGCGCCGUCCGGCAUCGAACUGGCGUGUGGCCUAAGUCAUAAGACAUGCGGACACGUAACUGCUAUAUCGAGCGACUUGUACCAUACGGUAGCGCUGCAUAGCGGUUACCUGCGCGGCAUCAACGGCCAGCUGUCUGAGCAGCUGCCGUUAACUGUUCAGUGCGGUGACGCCUCGCGCCGACGCCAGGUGGCGCUGGCGAGACGCCGAAAAAAUCCACCGAGCCCUUGUGGGGCCUCCCCGAAUCAUAUCGCUAGGCGCAACAUUGACCGCGCGCAU